AUGGCUCAGGUCGAUACUCUGGACAUUGUUGUCCUCGUCUUGCUGCUCCUCGGCAGCGUCGCUUACUUCACCAAAGGCACCUACUGGGGCGUCCCGAAGGACCCCUACGCUACCUCUGCCCUCAAUGGAAGCGCUACCAAGAAGGGUUCCCGCAAUAUCCUCGAGAAGAUGGACGAGUCGGGCAAAAAUUGUGUCAUUUUCUACGGCUCACAAACUGGCACUGCUGAGGAUUACGCCUCCCGUUUGGCAAAGGAGGGCCACGCUCGCUUCGGAUUGAACACCAUGACUGCGGACCUGGAAGACUUCGAUUACGAAAACCUCGACCAAUUCCCCCCUGACAAGGUGGCCUUCUUCGUCAUGGCUACCUACGGUGAAGGCGAGCCUACCGAUAACGCGGUCGAAUUCUGGGAGUUCAUUAACCAAGACCCUCCUUCCUUCUCCGAGAACUCGGAUGAAAAGCCCCUGGGCAACCUCAAAUAUGUCGCUUUCGGUCUAGGAAAUAACACAUAUGAGCAUUACAACUCCAUGGUUCGAAAUCUGGAUAAGAUCUUGACCAAACUGGGCGCAAAGAGAAUCGGCACUGCCGGUGAAGGUGACGAUGGCGCCGGCACCAUGGAAGAAGACUUCUUGGGCUGGAAAGAGCCCAUGUGGGCUGCCUUGGUCCAGGAGAUGGGCUUGGAGGAGCGUGAGGCCGUUUAUGAGCCAGUUUUCAGCGUUGAAGAGCGCGAAGAUCUCUCUCCCGAGACCGACACUGUCUAUCUGGGCGAGCCCAACAAGAAUCACCUCGAGAACAGCCAGAAAGGCCCUUACAACGCCCAUAAUCCUUUCAUUGCACCAAUCGCCGAAUCAAAAGAACUGUUCACAGUCAAAGACCGGAACUGCCUGCACUGCGAGAUCGACGUUUCUGGCUCCGGCAUCUCGUACACGACGGGUGACCAUAUUGCCAUCUGGCCUACAAACGCUGGUUUGGAGGUUGACCGGUUGAUGAAGACUUUUGGCUUGGAAGAGAAGAGACACAGGGUUAUCAGCAUGAAAGGCAUUGACCCUACUGCCAAGGUCCCCUUCCCUACCCCCACAACCUACGACGCCGCCAUUCGCUACCACAUGGAAAUUUGCGCCCCUGUCUCUCGUCAAUUCAUGUCCACCUUGGCUGCCUUUGCGCCCAACGAGGAGGCGAAGAAAGAGAUGGCCAAGCUAGGCUCCGACGCCGACUACUUCAAAGAGAAGAUCAGCAGCCAAAUGUUGAAUGUUUCCCAGGCAGUUUCUGCCGUCCAUCCUGGUCCCUGGUCUGCCGUUCCUUUCUCCUGUCUGGUCGAAGGUCUCAACAAACUCCAACCCCGAUAUUACUCGAUCUCGUCCUCGUCGCUUGUUCAACCAGAGAAAAUCUCUAUUACGGCUGUGGUAGAGUCUGUCCGCGUUCCGGGCGCGGGUCACGUCGUCAAGGGUGUCACCACCAACUAUCUCCUGGCCCUGAAGCAAAAGCAGAAUGGAGAUCCGGACCCAUCGCCACACGGUCUGACGUACGAGAUCAACGGUCCCCGCAACAAGUACGAUGGUAUUCAUGUCCCCGUCCACGUUCGUCACUCCAAUUUCAAGCUGCCUUCCAACCCGAGCAAGCCAAUUAUUAUGGUCGGCCCUGGCACAGGUGUUGCUCCUUUCCGCGGAUUUGUCCAGGAGCGUGCAGAGCAGGCCAAGCGUGGUGAGGAGGUCGGCCAGACCGUACUGUUCUACGGCUGUCGAAGGUCAUCCGAGGACUGGCUCUACAAAGCCGAGUGGGACGAAUACAAAAAGAUACUGGGAGACAAGUUGACCAUCUUCAACGCAUUCUCGCGAGAAGGUCCCAAGAAGGUCUACGUGCAACACAUGAUCAAAGAGAACGCCAAGUUCAUCAAUGACCUCCUCCAACAAAAGGCCAAUUUCUACGUCUGCGGUGAUGCAGCCCACAUGGCCCGAGAAGUCAAUGAGGUUCUCGGCCAGAUUAUUGCUUCUGAACGGGGAGUUGACGAGAAGAAGGCGGAGCAGGUCGUCAAGAGCAUGCGCAGCAGCGGUGUCUACCAGGAAGAUGUUUGGUCGUAA